AUGAAGGCCUCCGUUGCUGCUGUCCUUGCCGUCGCCGCUGGCGCCUCCGCUUGGGAGAACGUUACCUACACCACUGAGGUCGUCACUGCCGUGACCACCUACUGCCCGGGCCCCACCGAGAUCACCCACGGUGGCACCACCUACACCAUCACUGAGGCCACCACCCUGACCAUCACUGACUGCCCUUGCACCGUCACCAAGCCGUUGACCACCACCUCGUCAGUUGCAUGCCACACCUGCGCUCCCCCGGUCUACGUCAACAGCACCACCGCCUACCCCACGACUGCUGUCCCCACCACAGUCGGCACCGUCACUCCCCCGGCUGCCACCACCUCUGCCACCGCUCUGCCCACCGCUGGCGCUGGCAAGGCCGCUGUCAUGUCCGGCGCCGGUCUGGCUGGUGUUCUCGGCCUUGCUGCUUUCUUCCUGUAA